CAAUCCAACUUCUCAUUCACCAUUCAAAAUCAAAAUCAAAUCUUCUUUAAACCUUUCAUUUUCUUCUACAUUUUCUAAUAAAUAGCUUCCUUAGUUAAUUUAUUCACCAACAGCAUCGGAAAAUGAGUGUAGAAGUUUUAGACAGCGCUACCAUUGUCAACUUCGUCGAGGACGAAGAAGCCUUCACACUCUCAAUACAGGACCGUUUUGCUAACCUUGAUGCUGACCAAGAUGGUUUACUUUCUUAUGGAGAAAUGUUGAAGGAAUUGCAGAGUCUCAGGGUGUUCGAGACUCAUUUUGGAAUAGAUGUGAAAACAGAGCCCGAAGAGCUUUCUCGUGUCUAUAAUGCUCUGUUUCUGCAAUUCGAUCAUGAUCUGAAUGGAACAAUUGAUUUGGAAGAGUUUAAGGCAGAGACUAAGCGGAUGAUGUUGGCUAUGGCUAAUGGAAUGGGUUUUCUGCCUAUUCAAAUGGUUCUUGAAGAAGAUAGUCUCUUGAAGAAAGCUGUUGAGAAAGAGUCUGCUUCCAUUUUUGCCGCUUAAGUCUCUUCUUCCCUAUUCAAAUGAAUGAAAGUUUCUUUAUUGUUGUCUAUGUUCUUGUCCUUUCUUGGUUCUUCUAAUUUUGCCAUUGUCUGUUAAGUUCAUAUGUAUUUUACCAAAUUAUCUAAGCUUCUAGAUGUUGCUAAAUCUAAUCAUAGUUCAAUAAAUAAAAUCUCCUUCGGAACUGUUUUCUAGUA